UUUGCCUUCACUUUCACCACCUCUCACCCGCACUGGGGAGCGUCCCAAACCGUCCCCACAAAUACCUCUACCCUCCUCCUCCCACUCCAUCUUACCUCUCAACCUCGAUCCAACCCCAUCCAACCACAACCCGCCACCAUGGCGUCCCCUCCACACCUCCCCCAGCUCUCCAUCCCCCGCAAACGCGGCUCCAUUUCGAGCGUCACGUCGGCCGCAAAGAAACGCAAACCGUCCCAGCUCCGCAACGCCUUCUCCCCCGAAAGCGAAGGUGUGGGCUCCCCGCUCCGGUACUCGCGCUCACCCUCCGUCGACAGCGUGGCCACGGGCUCCGUAGCCAACAGUAGUAUCGUUGGGGGAGUCGGCGGAGGAGGCCGCAAGCGCAGGCGCAAAGACAAAGGCGCACCCAGCACGACGGGAAGUCUACAGGGCGGUAAAGGCCAAGGAUCCACGACGGGAGCGGAUGGCGACGACGCAGCAGCGCGAGGAGAGGCGGACCCGAGCGAGGAGUCCUCGGAAGAGGAGCAGGACGCCGAGGAGACGAUGCUCGCGACCGAAGGCGGCAAGUACACCGAGGCGACGCGCCGCCAGGAAGAGGAGAACCGCCGCAUCCUCCAGGACUACAUGACGUCGGCGCAAAAGGACCGCUUCGACGUCUACCGCGCCAUCCGCCUGAAGCGCGAGACGGUGCGCAAGUUGGUCAACCAGACGCUCUCGCAGAGCGUCCCGUACCCCGUCGUCGUGGCCGUGACGAGCUACUCCAAGGCGUUCAUCGGGGAUGUGAUUGAUCGCGCGUUGACGGUGAGGGAUGAGUGGAGCGCGGCACGCACGCAUCUGCCAAACCCGGAUCUUCCGCCUCAACUACUGCGCUCCGGACUCCACUAUCCGCGCAACCACAAACCGGGAGCGACGCCGCAGAUGCGGGAAAUCGGCGAGGCGGGCUUGUACGCCCAUCAGGUGCCCCCCGGCAGUCAAUUCCUGGUGGAGGUGGAGAAGAAUAAGGGGUUGAAGGACAGGUUGAGGGAAGAGGACAAGGGGCCGUUGACGCCGGCGCAUUUGCGAGAGGCGUUGAGGAGGUAUAAGAGGGAUAGGGAAGGGGGUGGGGCAGGGGUGGCGGGAAUGAGUUUGGAGGGGGUGGAGAGGACGAUGGCGAGGACGGGCGGGAGGAGGCUGUUUAGAUGAAUAUGGGGAAUGGAGUCUCGGGCUCUCUUCUAAGCAUUGGCCUUUUCUCGGUUGCUUUCGCGGUACGUAUGCAUAGCGAGGAGUUGGGCGUUUCUUUGGGUAUGAAGAUUGGGUGGUACUCUCGGCAGAGUUUGGAAGAAUCUCCAAAUUACCAUAUUGUAGAUUAUUGAACAGCAGAGAAAGCUACAACGCUGUCCUCAAGCCGACGCCAUAGCACAGGAAUAAUGAUGCCACCGGAGGGCUCCCUAGU